AACAAACGUAGCCGAUGCAGGAGGCUUGCAAGAGCAAAUUCGUUAAUCUAAAUUAUCAUUUCUCUACUUUCCUUCUCCACAAGCGCUAUUUUGUAUACCGUCUUUAUCAUCUCCUUCGGGCUUCGACGAUGGUGGUGUCUAGGGUUUUGUCGAGUGUCUCAAGGAGCGUGGGCCGACGGGCCUUGCAACUUUCUGCUUCGCAGCAGCAUCAGGUCCCGUUGCUCUCCAAUCAGCUUCACUCUCUUGCUUAUGAAUCUCGAAACAAGAUGGUUACAAGUCAAAUUCCUCUCUUAAAUCAUUCAGCCUUCAAUUCUGUCCAUUUUCAACGAUUCGGGAUGUCUUCUUCUGCUACCCCUCAGCCUACUGACAAAGAACAUGGGAGCACCACAGAUGUUGAUCCAACAAAUGCUAAAGUUUCUGAUCAAACUGAAGCCACUGAUCAAAAUAGCGAAUCAGGUUCAUUUUCAGAAUCCAAAACUACCAUGUCUCAAACUGCAAAGAGGAGGAGAAGUACUAAACGAACUGCAUUUUCUGAUUCAGAUUCAGAAGACCAAAGUGACCUCUCGGUGGAUGAUUUGGUAAAGGUUGUUGCGGAGAAGGAAGAGCUCCUGAAGUUAAAGCAUGAAGAGAUAAAGGCAAUGCAAGAUAAAGUCCUCCGAAGUUAUGCAGAAAUGGAGAAUGUCAUGGAGAGGACAAGACGUGACGCAGAGAACUCAAAAAAAUUUGCCAUACAGAACUUUGCCAAGAGCCUACUGGACGUUGCAGAUAAUUUGGAAAGAGCUUCUUCGGUGGUCAAGGUCAGUUUUGCAAAGAUUGAUACAUCCAAAGAUGCUGCCGGAGCCGUGCCACUGCUGAAAACCCUGCUGGAAGGGGUUGAAAUGACAGAGAAACAACUUUUGGAGGUAUUUAAGAAGUAUGGUUUAGAAAAAUACGAUCCUACAAAUGAGCCAUUUGAUCCACAUAGGCAUAAUGCGGUCUUUCAAGUACCAGAUAAUGCAAAGCCUCCAGGGACAGUUGCCCAUGUCUUAAAGGCUGGGUACAUGCUCUACGAUCGGGUUAUCAGGCCAGCCGAAGUUGGUGUUACACAAGAGGCAGAGAAUGACACAGCUGCAAAAGGCUCUGAAGCUUGAGCAUAUGGCUUGUAGAAUUGCUAUUCGCUACGGCCUUUUCCGGGGAAUUAGACCUAUGUGCACAUGAGAAUAUAUAAUGACCGUUUCAAUGUCACAUUGGUUUUAGGGACAUUUUCUGGUGCAAUUGAACACACCGAGUUUCCUGUCACAUUAGCUUUUAGUUAUGUUGUUUACAGUACUCUGGAGGACAAUUCUUCCCAUCGUUCUUUAUUUAAUUAUCUCGUAAUCUCUUGUUUUUGCCAUAAAAGAUGAAAUGAUAAGUUGCUGUUUUGCACCGCUUGUUAUGUUCAAUAUCUUAUGUAUCAGUAUGUUAAUUUUGAGUUGGUCGAUGAA